UGUCUCAAAUAUGUCUGGUCCUCUUCCAACUAGCGUAAUGUCCAGAAAAGAUUAGAUUAGAAAGGCCGGCCGCCUUUCUCCUCAAAACAACCAAAAUCAAAUUCAGAGCUUCCUCCAAACAUGGCCUUAGCUCAAGUCUCAGCUUCCCUUUCUCUUACCGUUCAUGAUGUAUCCCCUAUCAUCUCUCCAACAACAACCCACAAAUUUUCUCGUGUACCCAUUUCCAGUUUUUCAGGAACUGGUUCCAUUUUUGCCACUGGUUCCCCUCUCUUGAUAAGGGAAUCAUUUAACCAAAGGAAACCUAUAUGUAAAGCAACAACAUUUACCAUUAAAUGUGAGCAAAGCACCAAGGGGGGUAGCAGCAACAGUUUGGAUGUAUGGCUUGGCAGGCUUGCUAUGGUUGGUUUUGCAGUAGCCAUUACUGUUGAAAUAUCCACUGGCAAAGGACUCUUGGAGAAUUUUGGCCUUAUAACACCUUUGCCUACAGUGGCCUUAGUAGUGACUGCGUUGGUUGGUGUUUUGACAGCUAUUUUCAUCUUUCAAUCAGCUUCUAAAAGUUCUUAAGAUUUAUAUGUUUAAUGCUGUGUUCUUUUUUGGUUCAUUGAAUGUUCUUCAAUUGUCUUUGUCAUCAAUAGGAUAAGCUUAACAUUGUAUAAGAAAUUCAACUUUUGAAUGAAUGCCUUUCAUUUUCA